AUCGUUCUUUGUUGUUUGCAGUUUAAUCAAGUUUAAUGCAAUUUAAUGGACACCUUCUGAGAACACGUUGUAAAGUAUGUCUGCUGUCUAUCCAGCUUUGCCAAAAUUGGCUGUCCGAGAUGGAUUUGAUGAAGAAGAUCUAACAGACAUUGAUGAUGAAGUAUUCAUCAGAGAUGGAAAAAAUGGAGGCCUAAAAUUAGAUGAUGAUGGAGGAGUUAAAAGACCUUUAAUGGCACCUCGUAGAAAGUGUAAAAAAUCAUAUAGUUUUGAGACAUAUAGAUUUUCUAGCAGAACUUGUUAUAUACCUCUUUGCUUUGGACUCAUGGCUUUGAUAAUACUGUUAAGCUUGAUUACAUUAUGUAUAUAUAUUGUAAAUAUAAUUCCUGUGCCAAUGUCCAUUUUAAAAAACUGGUUGUCUCAUGGUAUUGAACAAACAUUGAAUGAGUCUAAUAUUAUUCCAUGUACAUCACUUGCAACAAACAUUGUAUGGACUAAAUCACUACCAAAGCUAACAUCUGAAUCUCCACUGAGAAGCAGUGAUGUUAAUGAAGACGGAGUGGAAGAUAUCAUUGUUGGAUUUAGUACAGGAUUGGAUACAAUGGACACUCCAGAAUAUAUUUGUGUAUCCUACUUUGAUGGCCAAAUUCCAUGUUAUGGUGGAGUUUUAGCUUUGAAUGGUAAGACAGGCGAUACACUCUGGACACAUUGGACAGCUCAUGCAAUUUAUUCAGUUGAUUGUGGUUUGGAUUUAACAAAUGAUAAAAUCAAAGAUUGCAUUAUAUGUGGACAUGGUGGUAUACUUCAUGCAAUAAAUGGACAGGAUGGAUCUAGUAUAUGGGAAGCACCGGUUGAAGCAUUGCAACCUUCUGAGGAUUGGAAACUUGCAGAUAUUUAUGAUGCUAAAUUCAUUGCGGAUAUUGAUGGAGAUGAAGUUGGAGAUGUUAUUGCAUCUCAUACUAUACAGUCAACAGAAGUUCAAUUAAGUGAAAUUCUAAUAAUAUCAGGGAUAAAUGGAAGUAUUAUACAUAGUUCAAUUUUGCCAAAUACAGAGCAAUUAUUCUUAGCACCUCAGAAAUUAGUUCAUCCAGAUGGAGAAAGUAUUUUUGUCUUUGUAACUACUAGUCAAAAGCAAUCAGCAGGAGGAUUAUAUGUAGUUCCUCAGGUGAAUUUAAUGUAUGGUAACAUGAAAUUGCGAAAACUACAUCAUGAUACAGAAAGAGGAACUCCAUUGCCUCCAGUUUUAGUAGACAUCACCUUGGAUGGAGUUGAAGAUAUUGUUGCUGCUAUGUCUAAUUCUACAAUAAUAGUAUACAAUGGACUAACAUUUGAACCUAUUUGGAAUUAUACAGUUCCUAAUUCUAAAGUAAUAAGCAUACCUAUUCCUGGUUAUUACAAUGAUGAUAAUGUUCCAGACUUCAUGGUAAAACAUCAAAUAGGCUCAGACUUUACUACAUAUAAUUAUACUAUCACGACCAUUGUAGAUGGCAAAACUGGUAAACCUUUACUCGAGAAACCAAUAGAAGGUAGUUUGAGUAAACAAAUGUCCGGUUUGUCUGUUACUGUCGAAGGUUUUGGAAAUGAUUGGUUUUUACAUUGGUCAAUUGAAUGUUUAAAUUAUGAAGCAGAAAAAGAAAAAUACCAAUCACUUAAAACUGAGAAUCUUAUCAUUACAUUUGAAACACGUGCUGACAUUUGUAAAUUAAGAUUUAACUCUAGUUUGACUACAAACUUAUAUGCCUUGAGUCAACAUGUCGGACCACCUGGUAUAUCAUUGUAUUUCUCUGAUGACUUGAAUUCUAGAACAGACGCAUACGCAGAUACACCGUUUGUAUCCCAAAGAUCUCCUAAAACAUAUAAAAGUCGAAAUGAGAAAAACCAGUCAGGUAAUAUGAAUAAGGAACUUGAUAAAUCGUACGGUAAAUAUACAUCACAUAACAAAUUCGAAGCUACUGAUUUUCAAAAUGAAAAUCCAGGCAAUUUUAACGAUGAUUAUACUUGGAAGAAUGAAAAUAAAUGGACACAAAAGAAUGUAGAAAGUAAAGAUUAUGAUGGCUCAUAUUACGGUGAGAGUAAUAUUAAUGUAGGGGAAGAACAGUCCAUGGACUAUUCUCAGGCAGACCAAAUACGAGAACAAAGAAGCGAUACCAACAGCAUAUCCAUUACAGACUCUGGUAAGAAUAUAAAUAAUUCUAUAGAUGAUGUACUUAGUAAUGAAUCAAUUAUCAUAAACGAAACAAAUACAUUAGAACAAUUCAAUAAUUACGUUUCAAAUCUUGAUGUAGAAAUUGAUACAGAAAGUGACAUGAAAACUAUAAAUUUGAGAAAACGAACUGUUGAUUUUAAUCCUAACAUAAUGAAUAAUACUAAUACAUUUCAGGAAUUUGUUCAGACAUAUACCCAGAAGUCUCCUAAUGUUGUAGAAAAUAUGGAAGAAGAUGCCACUAUAGAAAAAAUCUUUAAACGAGAGUCACUAAGAAAUCAAAAUAAGGAAAAACUUAUUAAAGGAAAUUUGAAAAUUUUAGCAAAACUACCUAAUAAGGUACACCGGCAAAAGAGGAAACGAGAAACAGAGAUCGAAAAUAAUCGAAUGUAUCGGAUAUAUGGUAUACAGAAGCAACCAACGACUGGGAUAUUGUUACCCUCUACUUCAGAGUCAAUAGGCACGACUUCUGUGGAUUUGGUAUUUUCUACAUUUGUGUUAACAUCUUCUGAAAUACCAAAAAUGCUGAUACAAGAGGAUUUAGAUUGUAUUCAUAGGAAAAAGGUGCUUUCAGAGAAGAAGCUACAAUAUAAACACGAGGAUGAUUUUGUUAAAGAAUGUUUAGCUGAACGCGGUAUUAGUUAUAACAUGUACCAAGAAAUGACUGAUCGGGAAAAUUUAAAAAUUUCAUUUGGACAAAUGACAAUAUACAGAAUGAAACUGGAAUGUGCAUGUCCAGAGGAUAUGUUGCCUAAUGAAAGUUGUAAAAAUAUUUCUUUACAUCAGAGUUGGUCAGAAUACUUGGGUUCACAUGGAAAUGGAUAUUUUAAAACACUUCACAAAACACAGUCUUAA